AUGAAUUUGACAUUUCUGAUUAUGAUCUUGAGUAUUUUAAGUGUCAAGCAUUCUUUUUUCAAAAAUGAAUUUGGACCUGAUGGAAGAAGACUCACUGAAGAACCAGUUUUUGAACCAUCUUAUCCAAACGGAACUCGUCAAUCACUAGAUGAAGAAUGGAAAAACAUAAGAAUCAAGUUAAAUUACGAUUACAUAACAGGAAAAGAAAGAGAUUAUUAUACAUGUUAUGAAGUUGGACAAGUUAUUCCUUUUUCAUGGUAUAAUAUAACAUGCAAGGAAUCUGAUCUUAUAACAAAUAAAAACCUAACAGAGUUUUACAAAACGAUCGAUAAUCUCAUCGAAUUUACUCAAAAGUUCAUUAAAGUCCGUCCAACUCCAAAUAAAGAUUACGAUUACAAAUUAACAAUCUAUAUAUCAUAUUUCGAAGUUUUUUCUUCUGUACUUGCACAAGGAGGAUAUAGUGGUUAUGAUGAAUAUCAUAGACCUACAUCAGGACACAUUGAAUUCAAUAAUGCAUAUGUAUCAAAUAAAGAAUCAAAAUUUAAUUCAAGUUCAAGUUAUUUCAUACAUGUUGCAUUUCAUGAAUUAACACAUGCACUUGGAUCAUUCCAUAUAAAUUAUCAUGAACCGAAUUCAACAAAGUUAUGGGAUUAUAAUCAAACACAUUGUAAGAUGACAAAAUAUGGAAAGAAUUUCACAUUUUUGAUUUCACCGAAUUCACACAAAUUUGCAGUCAAACAUUAUGGUGUUGAAACAUUCGAAGGUGAUGAUAAUGAUUGUCCAUCCGGCAUCGAAAUAGAAGAUGGCGGUGGUUCAGGAACAAUGGGAUCACAUUUAAAGGCUUCAAAAUUCAAUUCUGAUUUAAAUGUAGGAAUGACAUUGGAAAUAGAAGGUUAUGAUUAUGAAAGAAUAACAGAUGCAACAAUAGCAAUAUUACAAGAUACAGGAAAUUAUAUCUGUAAUUGGUCAAUGGCACAACCACUAGUUUGGGGAAAUCCAGAAUCCCAAAUUGGUGGUAAACCAAUCAAAGAUUUUGCUAUCGGUCCUCCUCAACUUGUUUAUCCAUUGAGCUAUCAGUAUCGAUCUGAUUAUAUUUAUAAGAAUGUUGGAUUCGAUUUCAAACAUAUAGGAACAUCUUUACAGACAUUUAAACCAAAAGAUUGCCAAAAUUCGGAUACGAAAUAUUGCAAAGGAAUUAAUUUUUAUAAUCCGUUGAAUUGGACUUAUGUAGGUAAUCAAGAAAUUUUUGAUUAUAUGUGGAUUAGAUUCCCUCAAGUAUCGUGCCCAAGAGGAAAAGCAGUUCUGCCUGGAUUGAGUUACUAUUAUUACUAUCCAGAAGAGUGCGGAGAAUAUAAAUGUAACAAAUAUGACAACUUCACAUUUUAUGUUGUCAACUCAACAUGGAUUGACAAUCAACCAUUGAACAUCACAUGCAACCGAACUACAGUUAAUCAGAGUUUCAACUACACUAUGCACACAAGCGGCGGUGGUGGAUGGGGCACAUAUAAACGAAUAGCAUAUUGUGUUGAUCCAGAGUUAUUCUGUCGAACAGUCAAACUAUCAGAGAUGACAUUUGUUCGAGAUCCACUUGAUCCAGACAGCAAACAGCUUGAUGAUCCAUAUGCGAAACCUCAUAGUCAAGUUGUCUUAGAACUCACCAUUGCAUCCAUUGUUACAGGCAUCACAUUCAUUGUCAUCUUUGUUAUUAUUGGAUUCAUCAUCUUCUACAAAUGUCGUGAAAGCAAAGGCGACUAUAGCGGAGACGGAAAUGAUGAUAAUCAAGAAACUCGUGAUAUUGAAUCUCCACCUACCAAAGAAAAUCAAGAUAUUGAAAAAGAUUCUUCAGAACCAAACUAUUUAUCUGAUUAA